AUGAAGAUGACGAUGACGACGAUCCCUGUGGCAAGUGUGCGCUGAGAAGCUGCUCCUCUCCUUUCGCAAGAAGAAGUCCCACUUUGUAAAUAAGCUGAGUGAAAUUAUCUGGCUGCCCGUGAAUGGGCGGCCGGUGGACAAGGGCAACAAACGACGGCAUCGCGUGAAGACGCGGACUACCAGAGGAGCUCCGCGAACGUCGGUCACCGAGCCUCGGCGACUCCUCUCGGGAUUCUUAAACCCUCAGCAACCGCAGUGAGGAUAUAGGACCUAACGACAUUUUUAUAACGCUUUUUCUAAAAAGAAAAAAAAAAUGCAGUACAUUUUGUAGGCGACGAGGAAUAGUACUGUAUUUGUGCUCCAUUUAAAAAAAAAAAAGAAAGCCGCCAUAGGAGCUGACGAGAUGUUACAUUCGGGCUUCUCUUGAAGAUAUUCACUCGGCAGUUGGGACCAGAAGAAGUGAGGCUCUCCCGGCAGGCGUGUGAAAAGACUGCUGCUUUACUGUGUUAAUAAGGUCUUGAAUGCGUGCUGUUUAUUUGGCUUCGUGAUGGAAUCAAAUGGAUUGUGAUGAAGAUGUAGAGGAUGCUGCAAAAGAAAGGGCGAACAUAAGCUCUUCUCCUGUGGUUUAGUUAUUUUUAUGUGGAAUCAUAAUGUGUUGAGAAUAAAGAAAGGAAAGUAGGAGAAGGUCACUAAUUGGACCUGCAGCUGACCUUCAUAAAACACCUGGAGGACAGAAAGAAAGACGUCUGGCCGACCAGGAUCACUGGAACGAGUGUGAACAAAGAGAGAGAGACGGAGUCUGACAGAGAAGAAAAGGUGUGGAGGAGGUCUAGGAGGAGUGAAAAAAGACAUUCUCCAUGGCUACAGACCCAGGAGAGCCCACGGGCACAGAGGAAUCGUCUGAGAAACCAGAUGGACAGAGGGAGGAGGACCUGGACCAGGAGGGUCGUUCCAACAGGCAGAGGGACAGGAUACACAGCACUCCCUCGGAUUCCCUCCCAUCCCGGCCUCAGGAGAAGAGAAUGACAGGAGGAAAAGAUGGAGCAGGAGGAGGAGGAGAAGAUACUCGUAAGGAGAGUAUGGUGGCCCCAGUCAAAGCUGUCUUCUUCUCAACGCCCACUCUGCCAGUUGACACAGGUCAGAAAUGUCUUAGGAGGGAGAAGCGCUUCUUUAGGAAGAGUGUGGAGAUCUGUGAGGAGGAGGAUGAGGUGGUUCUGCCAGAAGCCCCCCACAGUGCACCCCACCUGGAACUGCGCUCCUUUGACCCUAUCUUCAAAACCAAUGUCCCGCAGCAAGGGGCUGUGUCUUGCGCUGCCCUGGGCCACGAUCCAUCCUGCCCCAGCGGCCAGGAGCUUGGCAGGGGGGGCCCUCCCUCCUCACCCAACUUAAAGGGGAAGGAGAGGGACCGUGAGCUGGAGGAGGAGGCCGAGAUGAAGGCUGUGGCCACUUCUCCUGGAGGCAGGUUCCUCAAGUUUGACAUUGAACUGGGCAGAGGAGCCUUCAAGACUGUGUACAAAGGCCUGGACACCGAGACCUGGGUAGAGGUGGCUUGGUGUGAGCUUCAGGACCGCAAGCUGACCAAGGCCGAGCAGCAGCGCUUCAAGGAAGAAGCAGAGAUGCUGAAGGGGCUCCAACACCCAAACAUUGUGCGCUUUUAUGACUCCUGGGAGUCUGUAUUCCGCGGCAAGAAGUGUAUUGUACUGGUUACGGAACUCAUGACCUCAGGAACCCUCAAAACUUACCUAAAGCGCUUCAAGGUAAUGAAGCCUAAGGUCCUGAGAAGCUGGUGUCGGCAAAUUUUGAAGGGCCUUCAUUUCCUUCACACCAGAACCCCUCCCAUAGUGCAUAGAGACCUCAAGUGUGACAACAUCUUCAUCACAGGCCCCACUGGGUCUGUAAAAAUAGGUGAUCUGGGACUUGCCACCCUCAUGAGGACCUCAUUCGCCAAGAGCGUCAUAGGAACCCCAGAGUUCAUGGCUCCAGAGAUGUACGAGGAACACUAUGACGAGUCUGUGGACGUCUACGCCUUUGGGAUGUGCAUGCUGGAGAUGGCUACCUCCGAAUAUCCGUACUCUGAGUGCCAAAACGCUGCUCAGAUUUAUCGCAAAGUCACAAGUGGUAUAAAACCAGCCAGCUUUGAUAAAGUGAAUGACCCUGAGAUUAAAGAGAUCAUUGAAGGUUGUAUUCGACAGACUAAGAGCCAGAGACUUUCCAUCCGGGACCUCCUAAACCACGCGUUCUUUGGGGAGGACACGGGUGUCCGAGUGGAGCUAGCAGAGGAAGACACAGGCACCCAGGAGUGUUUGGCUCUUAGGAUUUGGGUCGAGGAGCCCAAAAAGCUGAAAGGGAAACACAAAGACAAUGAGGCCAUCGAGUUUAGCUAUGACCUCGAGAACGACAGCGCUGAGGAAGUGGCUCUGGAGAUGGUAAAGUCUGGCUUUUUCCAUGAGAGUGAUGCCAAGGUGGUGGGGAAAUCCAUUCGAGACAGAGUGAAUCUAAUAAAAAAGUCACGGGAGCGACGACAGCAGCAGCUGUUCCAACAGCACCAAGGCUUUGAAGAAAGACGGGACUCCACUCUAACAUCCUGUACAAAUCCAUCCUGCCCGUCUUCCAUGGGGCCAACACCUGUACUGACUGGUGGAGGUGGUGCAGAGGAAUCUGAGGACCUAUCUGAUUUGGACCAUCAUGUCAGGCUGCAGAAUGUUGUCAGGGGUGGGACACUAUGCCUGCCAGGGGAGAGCAUUCGGUCUGCCAACUGUGAAUCUUAUGCUAGCGGACAUUCAAACUCACAGCCAGGGGAAUCAUUCGCCCUUGCUCAGACUUCUCAGCCCAUGACUACAUCUUGCACAGGAACACUGACAAAUCCUCUGAGGGUCCCAUCUGGUGAAGUUGGAGGUGUUCCAAGUGUCCCCGUUGGCCACAGUGUCAGUCUGGCCAGCAUGUCCAUCGGUCAAAGCGGAAGGCCAUCUGUUGGUCAGACGUUUCUUCAGCCCACCACCAUAGUUCCACAGGUAUCACCAAGUAUACCUCAGCAAUAUUUUCAGUCACAAACAUUCCCAUCAGAAGCAUUUCAAUCUGUCACACCUCUCGGGUUGUUGGCCCCUACACCGUCAUACAUUACCCCCGUUUGCCCACAAGUUCUCACCUCAUCCAUGUCCCUCAGUGAUCCUGCUGGGCUCGCGGUGACCAUUGUCCCCCCCAUUCAGCAGCCCCAGGCCACUCCCACGCAGCAUACUGACAUCUUUCGCCAGCCAGCACCCCAGCAAACACAACCUGUCAUGAUCCCUCCGCAGACUAUCGUUCAACAACAGAUAGGGGUCCAGACAUCCUGCCUUCAGCAGCAGCAAAUGGACAUCCAGGUUGCUUUGGCAGAGCAACAUGUUAGUGCCACUCAACCUCCAGUAGGACAGCGUCAACAGAGCCUGACAGCUAUAGCUGUCCACAAACAUCAAAAUGAGCCUCUGCAGCAGGUCUUUGUACAGCAGUCCCUUCCACCAACUUCACAGGAGCAAGCGGCAUUAGCAGGAAUGGAGCAGCAGGUUUUGGCAUUACCACAGCCAGGAGAACAUUCUCAACAAACUAGGGAGCAGGCCAUCAUACAAACCCAACAGCAAGAACAGCAGAGUUUGCUACACUUGCAGCAGCAGCAAGCUUACAUGCCAUUUGAUCAGCAACAAGCCCAACUACAACAGCAGCAACUAGAGCGGAAGCAAGCCCUUGUACACAACCAAUUAUUGGAUCAGCAACACGUUCUUAUUCAACAACAUCAGCAGCAUCAAGCUCUGCCACAACAUGCACCCUUACAACAGCAUUUAGAGCAGCAGAAAGCAGUUUAUCAACAAAACCAGGCAGGAAUACGAGAAGAUCCAUUGAUGCAACAGCAAACUAGACAACAAGAAACUGUGGUGCAUCAACAGCCCCAGCAGGCUCAACAACAAGCUCUCUUACAACAGCAUUUGCAGAAACAGCUUGUCUUACAACAGCAGCAAAUACAGCAGAUGCAGCAACAAAUCAACCAACAAGCUCGACUGCAACAGCAACAAGAUGUUCUACCAGAGCAACAUGUUCUAUUACAAAAACAGAUCCAAGAGCAUCAACAACACCAUGCGGCCAUUGUUCAACUUAAGCAAAUUGAAAAACAAGAGGCUGCUCUGAUUCCUCAAAAUAGCAGUGAACAGCAAAUACCAGUGAAACAAUCAGAUUUAUAUCAGACAUGCACAACCCAACUAAAUAACACUCAGUUCAUACCCCAUACCCCUCCUACAAGGAAACAGGUACAACAGCAAGCUGCACUGACCCUGCAGGAGCAGGUGCAAGCUGCUCAGCUUGAGCAUGAUACUACAGCUGCAGUGAAUCCUCAUAUCCCAACUGGAGCUGAAACCAUUCAGCAUCAAACUCCUAUUUCUUCCCAAGCCCCGGUUCCCAUGGUUGUACAACCCGCUCAUUUUACUGUCCUGAUUCCAGCUCAAGCCUUCUCCCAGCAAGGACAAAGUGAAGCUCUUACCCAUAACAGAAUCCAGGUACCAGUCCAGAUUGUAAGCCAAUCUGCAACUCAAGCAGUGCAAACCAUGAUUGAUGUCAGUCCUAUAGAUGGAACUAUCCAAGGACAGGCCCAAGUAGUCAUCCAAGCCCAAAAGCCUCAGACUGGUUAUUCUGAAAUUACUUCUAAUGUGAAUCAAGGGUCUGCUCAGACAUUCAUUCAGGCUCAGGCGUCACAGCCAGUAGUUAGCCAGUCACAAAAAGCCAACGAUAACAAAAACUCAUCUGCUGACACUCAUAUCAUAUCUGCUCUCCAACUUCCAGCUGCAACAAAUUCUAGUCAUGUACAGCAUGAGAAUGUUGUUCACCAGAAUGUUCAAAUACCAGGAGUAUUGAAGCCUCAGCUUCAGCAACAAACUCAAAAUCAUCCCCAUAUCCAGAUGCAAAGUCACACUGCCGCAGCCCUCUUGACCUCUCAGUAUGGCCCUCAGUCCACCAACCAAUCCCCACCAUUUUUACAGCAGGCAAUGGUUACGCAACAGCCAGUGCUGCAGUAUCAGCAGGUGGUUAUGGCCCCUGGCUCAACUAGAAAUGUUGGAAGCAACACAGACAGUCUCAAUUCCAUGGUAGAUCCUGCAGGCAUUGUUACCAGAGCAGUCAAUAUUCCAGUGUCACAUCCAGUGGUUGUGGCCCAGCAGCAACGUUUAGGAAGUAACACGGUAAACUCCGUAAUUCAACCAAUCUCCCAGGCACAGUUACUAAUGCUUUCUCAAACUCAACAACUACCAGCCAUAUCACCUCAAAAGCAACAAUUGCCUUCACUAAUCCAGUUAGCAGUGGAACCCAUUUUGGCCCCAGAUCAUCAAACUUGUCCUCUCAGUCAGGCUUUGAUUCCCAGGGAAGAGACUGAUCUGCAAGCACAACAAUGUCAGCCUGCUUCACAUCCACAAACCCAUCCUGACGCACAGAUAGCCCCGAGGAAUGUGGCCGAUCAUCACUCACAGAGCAGAAUCCCACCCAACAGUGGAGUGACAGGCAGAGUACCUUCCCCUCAGCACCAGGCCAAGCACACAUUGCCAGCGCACACUCACACACAAACCAGCAUUCAGGCCCAAUCACACUCACAUACACAGACACGCAUUCAAACGCAGGCUGAUUCACACACGCAGACCGCAGCUGCAGAACAGCCUGUUCUUCCUCAAGCUGUCUUUCCUGCACAUCAAAUUCCCCUGAGCCCCUCUCACACCUCGUCUCUCCCAUCAUCACUACCAUCCCACCAUCCUGCUGCUACCCCUGCGCCAGAGCUGCCAACAUCUGCACCAGCAGCCCAGGUCACCUUACCAGGGCAGGCCAACUUUCUACAUACCUCCCCUUUGCCUGCCGCCACUCUAGAACUGCUUAUUUGUCAUGCCCCCAAACUGUCCCAAGCCUCGCUGCAAGACCGUGACCUUUCCCUGCUGGGCAUUUCUCAGGAAUGUCUACACCUGUCAAAUACAGAACAUCCUUCCUCAAUUGGGUCUUUGCCAACAAAUGGAGACGAAGCUGUUAUGCACUUGACCAAUGGGAAAUUAGAAAAAGUAAAGACCCAAAGGAGGGCUUCUUCUCUGAGACCUGAAAACGUUUUACAUCAGUUCCAACUUACUAUGCUCCAGGUGUCAGGCAGUGGGGACAAUAUGGUGGAAUGCCAGUUGGAGACUCAUAGCAACAAAAUGGUGACAUUUAAAUUUGAUAUUGAGGGGGAUGCACCGGAGGACAUAGCAGAUUAUAUGGUGGAGGAAGUCUUUGUCCUCGAUGUGGAAAAAGAGACGUUUGUCAAUGAGCUAAAAGCCAUAGUUGAAAAAGCCCAGGACAUUCUUCAAACACAUACUGGAUCUUCUGACCAAUUGCAAGUCAACACUCCCACUAGUUCUACAUCUGACUCACAGCCACAUUCAUCUCCGGUGGGGCGUUGGCGCUUCUUUAUCAACCAGACCAUUCGCCACAGAGACUCGCUCUCUAGCCAAGGAGCAGCCACCACGCCACCCAAUGCAGAAUCAAGGACACUCCCACCCUCUCGAACAGAUAAAGAAAAUGAAGAUUCCCAUAGUCAAGAAUCCUGUGGGAUGUCCCCCCCUCCUUACCCCACUUUACCCGUCGUCUCCACUGCUUUAACCACUGUCUCCAUUGCCCCAACUACUAUGCAGACUCCUUAUGCAACUGUAUCUCAAAGCAUUUCUGCACCAGCCUCCUCUCUUGAACCCCCCAGCCCUCAAAACAUUUCAAGUGGUCUUGAGGUGCCCAUCCUCACCUCAACUUUUGCUGACCAAAGGCUCAGUAGUCCAUUAUCCACAGCGACAUCUAGUGCUACCAACAUUACCAUAUUUCCCACAAUGCCCCCUGCUGCUAUGGCUGGGCCUCUACCAGCCUCUAGUAUUCAGACAGAUGUAACAGUAAGCCACAUUGAUUUUGAGCAUCUGCAGCAGACACAAACACAGGGAGCCAAAUCAGCUGCACAAAACCCCCAGCUUGAACCGGUACAACAGCAGGCUGUGGUAGGACAACAACAAUCACAAGCAUUGCAUCUGGGGCAACAGGCCAUGCAUAAUCUACAGGCAAAACCACCACAGCAGCAGAUACAAGAUCAAUUGUACCAAGAGCAAAUUCAGAAAGUGCAUCAACAAACAUCACAGAGUACUCCACAAGCGCUGCAGCAGUGUCAGUUACAAAAGCAAUUUGCUACUGUGCCUGUACAACAGCAACAAUUAAACAUGCAGCAAACAGUAGACAUGCAGCAGCAGCAAAUGAUGCUACAGCAGCAACAACAGCUGAUCAUGGGCAGCCCUGCCUUUAUGUCGGAUCCAAGCCAAAUGUUGCCCCCGCCAGCCAGUCAACAGUUUCUUCAGGCACAACAAAAUGAUAACAACAUGGCGCAGCAGCAUGUUCUACAACAAACCCCGAUGCCUGCCCAUGUGUCACAACAGAACUGUCAGACACAAAACCCAGAGCAACAGGAAGUGGUAAGAGAUAUGCCUCAUAAACAACAUCCACUUCCCAAACAAUCGUCUUUACAGCACUCAGAGUCAGAGGUGUCCACAGAAGAGACAAAUGUCAUAGAGGACACAGGCAGCUGCCCUGUGUCAGGUCACCCUUCCUCAGACUCUUCUUUGCCACCUCUUCAUUUGGGAUCAACCGAAGCCUCUUUCCCUCCACUCUCCCUCACGCUCAGCCCGUCCCCUGCUCAGCCGUCUUCUGUGGCCGAGUCAGACAGCGAAGGUCCCCCUAAAAUAGAAUUUGGUGACAAUCGGAUAAAGACGCUGGAUGAAAAGCUGAGGAACUUGUUGUAUCAAGAGCACAGCAGCGGGACGGCUCAAGCCGGGGUAGCUGCAUCCGCCCCAGCAUCAACAUCAGCUGCCUCCACAUCCGCAGGUGGAGAUGAGUCAUCUGAGCCGCUGCCAUUAUCUUUCCUCCAACCUGCUUCUAUCUCAGAUACGUCUCCCCAGUCCUCAUCCUCCACUACUUCUUCCACCACCUCCCGUUCUUCCUCCACCACCCCUGAGCCAGAGAGUUGUGGAGGAGCAGAGGAAGCCUCCUCAGAAGUGCUCAACUCAGCAGAGCAGGACUUACUGGAGCAGCAACCUGGCCCAUCUCACUUGUACACCUCCACCAACACACUGCCCCCCACCUCUUUUCCCCCUGUCUGUCAGAAUGUCUCUGCAGCGGCCCAGCGCCCUCCCGUGCCAGGAGAACCAACCAUCCUGGCUGUCCCCCCACACUCUGACACCAGCACCACUGGAGAAGCAUCGCAGCUCUCCCUCCGUCAGCAACCGAUUCCCCUCGGGCAUGGACCGCAGCAGCAUAAUGCAGGAGGUGGAUAUUUUGGCCUAAACCUGACAUGUCCUAGUAUCAGAAAUCCUGUUAGCAAGAAAUCCUGGACUCGCAAAUUCAAAAACUGGGCAUGCAAACUGCGCCAUUCCGCCAGCUUGUUCAAGAAGCCCAGAGUCCAGCAAGAGGGACGAUCCAUCAGUCAGUCGGUCAAAGAGGAGAAAGAGGUGACCCUACAUCCAUCACAGUCACGCAGAGGACGAUUUCAAGUGACCCUAGUGCCUCAGUCCUCUCCCCCAAAAGAUGCAACAUCAGCAGUCCACGGCAGCACCCGCAGAAAAGUUGGACGCUUCUCUGUAACAAAGGCUGAGACCCAGGAGGAAGACAACCAGAGUGACAGCUCCCCAGUGCCUCCUGUCGUGAUCAGGGAGAGGAGGCGGUCUCGGCCGAAGGAUGCUGACAAAGAUGAGAGCAAGAGGACUCCAAGGACGUCCCAUCUUUCUCGAUGUCACGAGCACAGCUACUCCCCAGUGGGCAGCAGUGACGACGAUAAUGAUGAAAGUGAGUUGGAGGAUGACAACUUGAGAAGAGAACUGCACAAGCUUAGAAAGAAGCACAUCAAGGAAGUGGUGUCGCUUCAGGCCCAGCAGAACCAAGAGCUCCAGGAACUGUGCAGACAGCUGCGCUCCCAAAAAGACCAGAGGCAAAGUCUGCCUGCUUGCCUGUCUCGUACACCUGCUCUUCCCACAGCGCCCCCAGUCCUCUCUCCUCGUAGGCCGAGGCCGGCUAAAACUAAAUUGCGGCCCCGACCUCACUCUCACAUGGACAACAAUGGAGUCACUCAUGGUGGAUUCCAACAGUCCAGUAUUUUUUCGAGUUCUGAGCAGAGUGGGAUUCCCCCUCAUUUUAGUUUAGAGCAUCGCUCCUCACUGUCUACUAAAAGAGAUCAAAGCCCUACAAGGAAAAGCACAUUCACUGACGAACUGCACAAACUGGUUGAUAAUUGGACAAAGGAGACGAUUAGCCAAACCCUGUCUAAGCCUUCUCUCAAUCAGAUCAAGCAGAUUCAGCAGGUGCAAGAGUUGGAAGGCUGGACCCAGCCAAUUGAGGUGGCUCCUCCGGAUUGGUUUCCAUCGGUACCACUAAGUCCACAGGCCACUCCGGCUGCUGCCAGCUGGCCGGUGGAUGCCCCUCCCCACAGCACAGGUGGGGGCAGCCUGUCUAUCUUUCCCGAAGCGCUGCAAACGCACACGGCUCAAGUGCCACAGAUGCAGGCAGGUUUACACCAUCAGCAGACGACCUUGCAGCACGUACAGCAACAUCCCGUACAGUCCACACAGCUGCCCAGCUCGUCACCUCAAAGCCAACCGCCACUGCCUUCCCAAAGGACCACUUCUCCGGCACCCACUGCCGCGUCAUUGCCGCCAGACGGUGGUCCCGCCGCACCCGCAGAUAGCAGCGUUGCCAGCGGGGGAGCAUUUUGCUCCUGUUCCUCCUCAUCGUCGACCUGUUGCUCCUCAUCUUCCUGUUCUAAAGCUGCUCUACCUUCCAGUGCCAAAAAUCACCCAACGCCCCCCACCUCCGCUCUUCCUCUGGGAAAGAAAUGAAACUAAUCUCGAGGUAAAUACAAAGCCGCAAGAGAAGUAUUAGACGUGCGUGGGCAUGAAGAAGGUGAUGACGAAAUGCAGGGAAUGUAUGUGAGAAAUGAUUGAUUCCGGCAUGUAGGCGACAUUGAACGCAGCACCUGAGGUUUGUGAAUAAUGGUCCGUGUGGGUCUUGAGAUGUACAAGUUCUUUAACGUAUGUAUGUACUGUGUGUUUGUGUCUGUGUGCCUGAGUAUUUGUACUACAUAUCCCCCACAAACUUUUGCUCUUCAGAACAUCACCGUCAGACCUGAGCUUUGACGAUGUGUUCAUAUCUUCUCCGUUUGUUGCAAUUUGUCAGCGCUCGUGGUGAAAGGACUAUCAAUUUAAAAAGUGCAAUUAAUAAUGAUCAUUGGAAUUGAUCAGCAUGUAUCCUAAUGAAUUGUCUGUUAGUCAUAAACUAUUUUUGUAUUGAUGAAGCUCAUUGAGGAUCUUUUUAACACAGCACAAGCUGCUUCGACGGGCCAAGAAGAAGCAUUAAAACAACUCCAGUAAACUUAUCUGAUAACUUGAUUACAACUCCCAAGACAUAAGCUGAAGGAUUACUUCUGCUCGAAUUAACCCAAAUGAACAAUCUCAGUACACUUCCAAUAACACCAUUAUUAAUGUUACUUUAGGUGCUAAUAGCUGCUUUUUGUAUUCAAUAAGUUAUUUUUAAUCUCAAUUGCCUUACCUUUGUUUUAUCACAGUGGAGGGAAAAAAUUAUUAGCUCACCAUUAUUAUUCAGUCCAUCCAGGAUUUCGCCAUCUUUGUUUGUGAUUGUUACGGCCUAAAAGGCAUGAAUUUGCGGCAUCGUUUUCAGAAAGUUGUAAUGUUUACAAGCUCCUUUUUUUUCUCAAUAACAAUUAAUCAACUUGUGUUUUUAUGAAAUUGUUGUCAAUACUCCAAAGACAUGCACCUGGGGAUAGGUUGAUUGGCAACACUAAAUUGGCCCUAGUGUGUGAAUGUUGUCUGUCUAUCUGUGUUGGCCCUGCGAUGAGGUGGCGACUUGUCCAGGGUGUACACCGCCUUCCGCCCGAUUGCAGCUGAGAUAGGCUCCAGCGCCCCCCGCGACCCCGAAGGGAAUAAGCGGUAGAAAAUGGAUGGAUGGAUGUAAAGGUUCCUGUAACUUUAACCUCAAAAAGCACAUAGUGCAAAAACGAUUGGAAAACAAAUACUGUAUUGAUGUUUUACUCACUUUAUUCCACACAUACUUAAAAGUAGACAGUAGAGCUCGUUGUCAAAUUACUGUACUGUUUUAAAUAUUUAUAACCGAUUAUAUUAGUCAUAGUUAUAGAACGAAACACCAGAAAGGGCUAUGGUAUUGUGUCUGUUCUGUCGUUCACAAGUAGACAUUCUCUAUGUAUGUUUUACGCUUGAAACCCCCCCAAAAUGCUUUACGCUUAAACAUGCAUUUUUGUUCCUCACAUGUUAUAACCAUUUGUGAACUGCUGAGAGCAAUCUAUCGCGGUAAUUUUUGUUGACAAAUGAGAGACGAUGACAGAUUAUCAUCACACUUAAGCAUCUCCGUCAUGUAAAAGCUGUCUGUUUGCUAGGUUAGCAUUGCAAAUGAGAAUCUGUUCUUGUCUUACCCUGGAUAAAUAAAUGUUAAAUAUAUAUAUGUAUAUAAAUACAUAUAAACUAGUAAGUAACACCGGUGUGUUGCUUAUCAUUUAUAUACUACAUUACCAAGAAGGCUAAAUGCCGUCGCAAGGAACCAGAAAUGAAUCUGAUAUGCAGUGUUGCCAAUUUGGCUCCUUUGUGGCUAAAUCUGGCGACUUUCCAAAUCCUCUGGGUGACUUUUUUUGUAAACAGCUUCAAGCGACAAAUUGAGGGUACUUUUUUGGAUGUUUUGGAGACAUGAAAGCAUACAAUUAAUGCCCUCUAGGAGGAGCGGGUGCUGCCGUGAAUCCCUCUCCUACAGGCGGUCAGGUUUUAGAGUCGCCUCGCGGAGCAGUUCCAGCUGCAUGAGACCAGUGCUUCUCAAAUAUUUUCUGAUACGCCCCCAUAGGAAGAAGAAAAUAUUUUGCGGCCCCUCCACUCUCUUCCGUGACUAUAAAUACUAUCAUGGGUUUAUGAAAACUGUUACAACUAUACCUCUACAUUACAUUGUAAGCUUAUUAACAUUAAAGGAAACAACACACCAGUCAUCCCUCGUCUUCCACCCUGGUUACAAUGAAGCCAAGUGCGUCAUCCAUCCAUUCAUUUUCUACUGCUUGUCCCUUUCGGGGUUGCGGGG